GGUUGGUGGAUAUGGUCCGAGACCUGUGCACAGACUCUCAGCUCUGAUCCCACCCGAGACGAUUUAGCAGCAGCAGAGACCCCAGCUGUGGAGCACACGCCCCCAACCACCCCAGGACGGAGGGGCUGCAGCGCUGGAGAGUUACUAUGCAGCUUGGACUGCUUGUGGUGGUGGUUUUUCUAAGCUCCAUGGAUCUAACAGGCAGCAGCAAAGUGGUGAAGGGCAAGAGGCAAAGACGAAUCAGCACAGAGCUGAGUCAGGGCUGUGCCAGGGGCUGUGACCUGUGCUCUGAGUUCAAUGGGUGCCUGAGGUGCUCCCCCAAACUCUUCAUCCUGCUGGAGCGGAACGACAUCCGGCAGAUCGGGAUCUGCCUGCCCUCUUGUCCGCUGGGAUACUUCGGCCUUCGCAACACGGACAUGAACAAGUGCAUCAAAUGCAAAAUUGAGAACUGUGAGUCCUGUUUCAGUCGAAACUUUUGCACAAAAUGUAAGGAAGGUUUGUAUUUGCACAAAGGGAGAUGUUACGUCACGUGCCCCGAAGGCUUCACUGCUGCCAACGGCACCAUGGAGUGCAGCAGUCCUGCACAAUGUGAAAUGAGCGAGUGGGGGCCCUGGGGGCCCUGCUCCAAGAAAAGGAAGCUCUGUGGCUUCAAGAAGGGCAACGAGGAGCGGAGCCGGCGGAUUCUGCAGGCUCCCUCUGGGGACGUGUCUCUGUGUCCUCCAGCCACAGAGGUGCGGCGCUGCACGGUGCAGAAGAGCCAGUGCCCCGAAGGGAAAAGGAAGAAAAAAGAAGAGCAAGGAAAGCAAGAUAAUGGGAAUAGAAAUCGGAAAGACACCAAAGACACUAAGUCUGGCACCAAGAAGAGGAAGAACAAACAGAGAGGGGCCACCGUGGCCGUGACAGCCGCUAGCCCUGCCCAGUAGCUGGCCCUGUGUGUCACCUGAUGGCAAGACUCCAUUGCUGCUAUGUAUAUGAAAGCUUUACUGAACAGAGCACUGCUACACCAUGUACACGUGUCCAGAGACAGACAUAUACUCCAGGCUGACCCACGACUGACAGAGGCACACCAUGCUUAUGGAGGCAAAGCCCCCAGCCCCAGGGCUGGCAGGGACACUGCAGGGAGGAGAGGUGGAGCAUAACCCAGUGAAGGACCCAAACAUGGGAUUGAUUUCAUGAUCAGAGGCCUCAACUGGAGCCCAAGCACGUGGCCCCAGCACAUCCCCACUCUGCAGGGGAUGAGACUGAACCCACAUGGCCACUCUCCCUGACCUGGCACCCAGACACACACAGCAGUGGCCUCUUUCUCUUCCCUCACCCCUUAUUUUGUGUUUUAAGCUGUAUGACUUUAUCACUGCGAAUACAUGUUAAAAGUUUGUGGUAAGAGGUCAGUGGUAUCAGCCCUGAA